GACCCUGCACUUUAGCGAGUACUCAGAUGGCUUCACCAACAAAACCCAGAUGGACACUGGAACAAGAGCUAGACUGCAUAGACCUAGACCCCUCCGAUUUCACCUCAUCACUGCCCCUCAAAAAGGUCCCAAACGGCGACAUAUACGAAGCCUCCCGUUGCGGCGACGUACCCCGAUUAAGCUACCUACUCGAAACUGGCGUCAACGUGAACGCCCGCGACCGGUGGGACUCGGUGGCGCUGUACUACGCUUGUCUAGCGGGGCAUUUGGAUGCUGCUAGAAUGUUGCUUGAAAAUGGAGCUAUUUGUUCAGAACAUACAUUUGAUGGAGAUAGAUGUCAUUAUGCUGCUUUGAAUUUGAAAGUUCGGAAGCUUUUGAAAGCUUUUGAAGCUAGGCCCCCUCCUUUGGGGGCUUUGCAGAGUGCUUUGAGGGACACUUUUUUGGGGUGUGUUGGUAAUAGAGUUUAUUUGGAACAAGCUGAAUUGGGUGGCUUUGAAAUUCCAGGUGUUUCGACCAAUGGGAUGUCCAACUCCAACCAUUUCCCUCCAGAUGUGGCCUUUUUCAUUCAAGGUAGGCCAAUUGAAGCUCACAGAGUGAUAUUAAGCGCUCGGUCACCAUUUUUUAAGAAGAAGUUUGAAACUGAUUGGAGAGACCGACGUGAAGUAAGAUUUGCAAAGGAAAAAUUGUCUUAUCCUGCUCUUUACAGCCUCAUUCACUUCUUCUAUUCUGACAGACUAGAGAUUGUAGUGGAUGACAUGGAAGAUCUUGUAAGAAUCUGCAAAGUGUGCAAAUGUGAAUCCCUACAGAGGAUCCUUGAGAAAGAACUGAUUCAUCAAAAAUAUGCAGAUUACAAAGCACUGAGAGAUGUAGACAACUCUCAGAAGCGGUAUAUCUUACAGGGUGCAUCGCUUCCUGAGGAAGACAGGCUUCCUGCUGCCUUGCAUGGCAUCCUGAAGACUUCCCUAGCAAAAUCCAGCCUGGUACAAAAUCUGGAUGGCAGUGUUGAUAGGUUAGCAUAUUCCUUUGGUGCUAUGCAGAUGAGUGAUUCUGUAGAGGAUCUUGCCGAUGUUUGUAUAAAAGUAGAUAAUAAGAUUUUUCGCUGCCAUCAAGUAAUUUUAGCAUCAAGGUCAGAGUACUUUAGAGCAAGAUUAUCCCGGAUGAAUGAUUUUCAUGAAGGGAAGGAUGGAUUGCCUAUUAAUAGUCUUCCAUGUCUAGUAGAACAUGAUUUGAGCAUGGAGACAUUGGAGAAAAUGUUGGAGUACAUGUAUACUGACAGUUUGAAGGAUAUAGACCCAGAUCAGGCAGAGGAGAUGUUUGAUGCUGCUUCGAGAUACCUUUUAUUUCCUCUUAAGCGUGCUGUAGCAGAUGUAUUGUUGCCACACCUGGAAAUGGUUUCACCCGCAGAAAUAUGUCAUUGGCUUGUUUUGGCAGACAUGUAUGGCGUCCUGAAGAUUCGAGAAUACUGUCUUGAUAUAAUAGCUAGUGACUUUGAGAUAUUUGCUGAUACCUGUGAAUUCCGUGCAAUGCUUCUAACGCUGCCUCCACCCUCCGGAGAUUCUUCACUCCGCACCACAGCUCCAAGUGCUCCAGGAGCUGCUAUAAACACAGACCAGGGAAAUCUUCUCGAUGAUUUGCGAGAGAAAUGGCUUGAAGCCGAGGCUGCUGAGCUUGACGAGAGAGAUGAGAGCGCAUUACUUUUCGACAAGCGCCUUGAGAUGCUUAUGAUUGUGGCAGAGAAAGAGAAGUCUGAAGAACCUAACUAUGGUACAGAAGACUGAUCGUCACAAAAUGUACGUUGAUUGGUUGACGAAAAACAGAAAAAGGAAAAAGAAUAAUUCAAUUUAGCGUCGAACAGUUUUUUUAGUGUAUAUAAAUAAAUGUCGUAUAAUCUAUAUACCAGCAUUGCAGAUUUAAAAUUGUAGACAGUAUGAUCAGUGUUUGAGUCCUAAUAUUUGCUGCCCAUGCACCGGCCUCAUUUGAAUUUUCUUGUUUUUGUAGUGGAAAUUCAUUGUAACAAGCAGAGUAUUGAAGACCCUUUAUGGAAAUGUUUUUUUUUUUUGAGAGAA